AAUACUGAAGAGCCAGACAUCAUUUUAAAAAGUCACAGCCUGAGCCUGAGGUUCACAGAACUGCGGUUCACAGAACAGAAGGAAGGCAGGAACGCCUACUGUGUGAUUCCUAUUGUAACAAACAGGCAAACUUGAACGACGGUGACAAACUAACGACAGCCUCUGGGUACGCAUUCGUGACAGACUUCUUGUGGAAGAGCAGGAGCUAUCGGGACCUCCUCUUCUUCUGAAGCUGCUGGUUGUUGAGAAGCAAAGCGGGAGCGGCCUUGUGAGUCUGCUCGUCAAUAACCUUCAGUUCCCCUCUGUAUUUGGCAACCAUGAGAUCACGCACCACCAGUGGCAAUUGUGCAGUAGCGGGUUUCGCCAUCGCCACCGCAGGAUGGAUCUUGUCUAUCACAUGCAUGGGUCUCGUGGACUGGCGAGUGUGGCACGUGAACAGCACUUCCAUCUCGGAGCGUAGCCCGGUCUGUGUGGGAAUGUGGAAAGUCUGCAUUCACCGCCAUGUCAGCCAGUUUCACAGGCCCACAUUUUGCUACCCUUACACCUACGGUGAUACCUUCCUCCCUGUCGAUAUUCUCGUGGGUCAACACCUCCUGCUGGCUGCCAGCAUCCUGGGGUUGCUGGGGAAGGUCUGCAUUGUCUUUGCACUCAGGAAACUCUCCAUGGGAAUUCUCGGGAGGAAGGUCAUCAGCAAUGCAUUUGCUGUUGCAGGAAUUCUGAAUAUGGCUGCCGGUAUGUGCAUUUUGAUUACUGUCAUCUGGAAUCACAAGUCCGUGAUGAAUGGAGAGGGUAUAUCCUUCCCGCUGUCUUUCCAUAUACCCCUCAAACCAGAUCGGCAAGAAAUGGGCAAUGCCAUGCUCGUGGCGUAUCUGGCUGCCUUCCUGAUGCUGUUAAGUGUGCUGUUUCACCUCCGUUUCCAAUGCACUUUGCCCAACCAAGUGCAGCCUGAAGCUUCAGAAAUGUAAGAUGCCUGCUUGCAUUGGCUUUGCAAACCCCACAUUACCAGGAAGUAUCAUCAGGAUGCUCUAUGACAGGUUUCCAGGGACUGAAGACCAUGGCAAAGGUGGUCUGGGGCAGAAAGCAGCCAACUGUUUUCUUUUGUUAUGUUCUGUUUCUGAAUUCGGCUCGUCAAUUGGUUGUUUAAAUUAAGGAACUAGCAUUUAAAAAAAAAUCUUGCCCACCUACCAGUUGGUUUUAAUGGACCUGGAUUUCAAUUACUGUUUAA